AUGGAUCGUGAACUGGCGCGCUACAAGGUGAGCAUUGCUGAACUCAGCGAGGCCCGCUUCUCCGAACAAGGCCAACUGAAGGAGAUGGGUGCAGGCCACACCUUCUUCUGGAUCUGUCAUUCAAAGUUAAAGCGACGGGAUUCAGGCAUCACCUUUUUCAUGCGAAACUACAUCGUAGGACGCCUGCUCUGCAUGCUGAAGGACAUCAACGAUCGUCUGAUUAGCCUCCGCGUGCCUCUCCGGGAAGGCAAAUGCGACACUAUCAUCGGCGUCUACGCCCCCUUGAUGACCAGCCCCGACGCCGAAAGGGACAAAUUCUACGAGGAAAUGCGCGCCCUCCAGCCGACUGUAUCGAUGUCAGAUAAGUUGAUUGUCCUCUGUGAAUUUAACGUCCGAGCCGGCACAGACCGUGCUGCCUGGAGAGGAGUGCUGGCCUUCGCAGCUUUAAUGACAAUGGCCUACUCCUCCUGA